CAACCGCUAGCGGCCACUCCAAAGCCAAAAGUGUCGAAGGGCUGUAAAGUCAAAAUCCUUCGAAUCGACGUCGUUUUGUCGGAGCAAUCGCCGACACAACGACACCAAGGGAAACCGGAGCUUCGUCUUCGCCAGGGCUCCACCGCCGCCACUCUUAAUCACUGAUUCGACAUGUUGCCAGGGCAUGACUUCCUGUGGAUUGUGGAUGGUGACAAGUCAAGAACUGAGUUACAUGCGUCUGCCAGGCUUUUAGAUAUAAGCAAGUUCAACAAAAGGGGAGUAAAACAGUUUGGUUUUCAUAUCGAGCAUUUUGUCUAAUUCAAAUUUUACUCAUUCAGAAUGAGGAAGUGGUCUGGAGGCAUGUUAAUUAUCACACUUGCUACGAUUCUGUUCCUCCGCUACAGCCUUACAGGAAACCGGCCAAAGAAUCAGUCAGUGUAUGGUUUCUUCCAAAGCAGUCCGACUCAAAAAUCUCAUAGAACAGACGAUGACAUCAUUAAGUUGACUCAUGAUAAAGUUAAACAAAUACCAAGUCAUGUGAAGAAACCCCAUUUAAUUAAUGUUGAAGGACUAAGUGAUCUGUAUACUUUUGAAAAUAUUUUAGAUGAAGAGUUCAGGACCUUGCUUGUAUGGGCUGACAUGCAUUUCCUACUGUCUCGCUCAGAUGCUUUGCCAGAAACAGCUCAAGGGAUCAGAGAGGCUUCCAUUGCCUGGAAAGAUUUAUUGUCUGAAAUUGAAAAGGUCAAAGCUUCCAAGUUUUCCAAUGACAGCAGUAAUGGCAGCAACGCAGAACAUAAAGACUGCCCCUUCUCGGUAACUACAUUCAACGAAACAGUGUCUGGCAGUGGGACUGUUCUUGAUCUUCCUUGUGGUUUAGUUGAGGGCUCUUCCAUUACAGUGGUUGGCAUUCCUGAUGGGCACCGUGGAAGUUUUCAAAUUGAACUUGUAGGCCCAAAACUUCCAAAUGAGCCAAAACCUGCAAUUAUUUUGCACUACAAUGUCAGUCUGCCAGGAGAUAAGCUCACAGAGCAGCCAGUCAUAGUUCAAAAUACAUGGACAAUUGAACUUGGGUGGGGCAAAGAGGAAAGAUGUCCUGCUCAUGGAUCUGCCAACAUUCAAACAGUGGAUGGACUUGUUUGUUGCAAUGAACAAGUUGUCAAAAGCAUGGUGGAAGAGAAGCCAAAUGUGAGUCGUUCUAGUGGUGAAAAUCUAACCAAUGUUUCCAAGGGAAGUGCCCAUGUUAGUGCUAAUUUCCCAUUUGUUGAAGGGAAUCCAUUUACUGCCACAUUAUGGGCUGGUUUAGAGGGAUUCCACAUGACCGUGAAUGGAAGGCAUGAAACAUCUUUUACCUAUCGGGAGAAACUUGAACCAUGGUUGGUCAGUGGAGUCAAUGUAGCUGGUGGUUUGGCUCUCUUAUCUGCCUUGGCUAAAGGCCUCCCUGUUUCUGAGGAUGUGGAUUUAGAUUUCGAUGUUGAGCACCUCAAAGCCCCACCCGUUUCCACGAAAAGACUAAUAAUGCUGAUUGGUGUUUUCUCUACUGGCAAUAAUUUUGAACGUCGAAUGGCAUUGAGGAGGACUUGGAUGCAAUAUGAAGCUGUACGUUCUGGGGUUGUGGCGGUUCGCUUUCUCAUUGGUCUUCACAAGAACAAGCAGGUCAAUUUUGAGCUGUGGAAAGAAGCUCAAGCAUAUGGAGAUAUCCAGCUGAUGCCUUUCGUUGAUUACUAUGGCCUCAUCAGUUUGAAAACAAUUGCAAUUUGCAUACUGGGGUCUAAAAUUAUCCCUGCUAAAUAUAUAAUGAAAACGGACGAUGAUGCUUUUGUUAGAGUCGAUGAAAUCUUAUUAAGACUCAAGGGAAAGGUUUCUGAUGGCCUGUUGUAUGGCCUUAUAUCCUCUAAAUCAGCUCCACAGAGGGAUAAAGCAAGCAAAUGGUAUAUUAGUAACGAGGAGUGGCCUCAUGCUUCAUACCCACCAUGGGCCCAUGGUCCAGGUUAUGUAGUUUCCCGGGAUAUCGCAAAAUUCAUCAUGCAAGGCCACAAAAAGGGGGAUCUCAAUUUUUUUAAACUAGAAGAUGUUGCGAUGGGUAUAUGGAUCGAGCAAUUUAAGAACUUAAGUCGCGAAGUGCAUUACAUAAACGACGAACAAUUCCACAGUACAGGAUGUGGAGCAGAUUAUGUUCUUGCUCACUAUCAAGGCCCAAGGCUGGUGUUAUGCCUGUGGGAGAAGCUGCAGAAAGAGCACAAACCCAUCUGCUGUGAGUGAUGAAUAUCCUACCCAAUCCUUUUUCCCUUUUUCUCUUUCAACUGAGCUCAACCCCACUUCCUUCUAACAAAAUUGAGUUGAGAGCUUCUAGAAACUUAAAAGAUGUGGUGUGUGUGUGUGUGUGUGAGAGAGAGAGAGAGAGAGAGAGAGAGAGAGGGCAGGGGGGCUUUUUCUGUUCCAAAUUAAAAAUGUAGUUUUUGAUCUGUCACUUUAAGAAUGCCUUAAUUUUCUAAUGGUUGGUCCAAACACAUCCGAAUCUGCAACA